AUGAAUGAUUUCCCAGUGACACACCUCAAUUUCAACCAGGAUGCUACUUGCGUGGCGCUUGGAUUGAAGAGCGGCUACAAGAUUGUCAACAUCCAGCAAAAGUUUGGCAAGUGUUGCUCCUACAAGGACGACAGCAUCAACUUGAUUGAGAUGCUCUAUACAACGUCGUUGAUUGUGGUGACGCCGUUGGGGAACGAAAUUGGCUCUUCGCCCAGGGAGUUGAAGAUCAAAAACACAAAGACCAACAGCACUAUAUGCUCGCUAUUUUUCCCCACCACGAUAUUGAAUGUCAAGUUGUUGAAGGAGUAUUUGAUUGUUGUUUUGGAAAACCAGAUCUACAUUUACGAUCUCAAGACGAUGAAGCUUCUUCAAACGAUCAAGACCAGCUCGAACCCCUGUGGGUUGUGUGCUGUGUCAUACGACGGCGACUACUAUUUGCUAGCCUACCCGUCGCCCCCAAAAGCAAAAGACGCCCUUGCCAACAUCAAGAACAAUGCCAAAAACCACAACACGAGCAACUCCGUGAGCGGUGUUUCAAACAAGGGCGACCUCAUUCUCUUCAACUUGAACAAGUUUCUGCCCACAAUGGCUAUUAGCGCACACAAGAACGACAUUGCUGCCAUGGCCUUCUCCGCGGACGGCUCGCUUAUAAGCACCGCGUCCAACAAAGGGACAAUAGUGCGAGUGUUUGACACCAACACCGGGGUCAAACUUUUCCAGUUUAGAAGAGGUUCUUAUCCGACAAAGAUUUAUUCUUUGCAGUUUAGUGCCGAUAACAAGUAUGUUUUGGCCACGAGUUCGAGCUUAACCGUCCACAUUUUCCGUUUGGGGGAAGAUGAAGCUUUGGAAAAUAAACAGAGGAAAAAAAUCAAGACGAUAGAAGAAGAGCCCGAGAGGGAAGACGAUGGCGAGGACGACGACUCCGACGCCAUGGACGAGGAUAUCGAGGCAGACGAUGACGACGAGGACAAUAUACCCAGCAAGCAGCGUAAGCUAUCAGAGGGUUCCUCCAACUCGUUCACGAGUGUCACUUCCGAAGACGUCAACUCCCCCGUUGUCGACCAAAAUAGGCUAUCGGUGGCGCGAAUGAUACGCAGAUCGUCUCAGACCUUGGGGAGGAAAGCCGCCCAGAAGAUGGGCGACUAUUUACCCUCCCGAUUCUCGUCGAUCCUCGAGCCUACAAGACACUUUGCUUCCAUCAAGAUUGAUACCAAGAACAAAGAGACAAGAUCGAUUGCCACCAUCUCCAAUGCCAAGCAAGACAUCAUAUCUCAGUCUUAUGACAGCAAGGACAAUAUGGAUUCAAAUCUAGUACAAGUAAACGUCGUCACGUCCGAGGGAAUGCUUUAUAUAUACGGCUUAGAUUCAGAACGUGGAGGUGAUUGUAUCCUACUAAAUCUGUAUAGUCUACUUGAAGAAUAG